UGUCAGAGAGAGACAUUGAACGUGCGCGAUAGCUAGCAAUCUCCCCAUCCACCGGCUAUUAAACUACCGCGAAACAAUUUUCACUGUUCAUCCACCAGUUCUUCUUUCCCUCUUUUUCUUUUCUCUUUGUUUUCUCCGUUGAAAAUGGGUGAAUUCAGGUCCAAAUUCUUGGAGGUUUACUCAUUGUUGAAAUCCGAGCUCCUUCACGACUCUGCUUUCGAGUUCACUGACGAUUCUCGCCAAUGGGUCGACCGGAUGCUGGAUUACAAUGUGCCUGGAGGAAAGUUGAACAGAGGACUCUCCGUCAUUGAUAGCUACAAGUUACUAAAACAAGGGGAAGAGCUUAGUGAUGAUGAAGUGUUCCUUGCAUCUGCACUUGGUUGGUGCAUUGAAUGGCUUCAAGCAUAUUUUCUUGUUCUUGACGAUAUCAUGGACAAUUCCGUCACACGACGUGGUCAACCUUGCUGGUUCAGGGUUCCAAAGGUCGGUAUGGUUGCUAUAAACGAUGGCAUAAUGCUACGAAACCAUGUCUUGAGGAUCAUCAAAAAUCAUUUCAGAGAAAAGCCUUAUUACGUAGAUCUUUUGGAUUUGUUUAAUGAGGUGGAAUUUCAAACAGCCUCAGGACAGAUGAUUGAUUUGAUUACCACACUCGAAGGAGAGAAAGACCUAUCGAAGUACUCGUUACCUCUUCAUCAUCGCAUUGUUCAGUACAAAACUGGAUAUUACUCGUUCUACCUUCCGGUUGCAUGUGCGUUACUAAUGGCAGGUGAAAAUUUGGACAAUCAUAAUGAUGUUAAGAACAUUCUUAUUGAUAUGGGAAUCUAUUUCCAAGUGCAGGAUGAUUAUCUGGAUUGUUUUGGUCAUCCUGAUGUGAUAGGGAAGAUUGGAACAGAUAUUGAAGAUUUCAAGUGUUCUUGGUUGGUUGUGAAAGCACUAGAACUUGGUGAUGAGCAACAGAAGACUUUGCUGCAUGAAAACUAUGGGAAAGCAGAUGAGGAUUGUGUAGCCAAAGUGAAAGACUUAUAUAAAGCCCUCAAUCUAGAGGGUGUAUUCGCCGAAUACGAGAGCAAAAGUUACGAGAAGCUUAUAAAAGCCAUUGAAGUUCAUCCAAGUGAUGCAGUACAAGCAGUGUUGAAAUCCUUCCUUGCAAAGAUAUACAAGAGGCAGAAAUAGAGAACGAGAAGAUCGACUUCGGCCAAAAACUGUCGACCCCGUUUAUGGUACUCGGUGUUUUCCUGCUAUAUAAUUUGGUAGAUGUAUGCUGAUUAUGUUAUUUAGCAUAUGAAAAAUGAAAAAGGUCUCCGUUUGAUAACUAA